AUUUUUUGACAGUUAGAAUUUUUUGAACAUUUUUUUCAUGUUCCUGAUAUCUUACCUUACUUUAAAAUUUUCUCUGGGGCGCGAUUUCUGGCGCACCCUGUAUACAACACAAUAUUAUCUUCUUUAAUAAUAAGGGAUUUUUAAGGUAUUGGAUAUUUAUAAUCUUUUAAACAUUUUUUUAAUGUUCCUGGUAUCUUAUCUUACUUACUUUUUUUGGUCUAUUUUCAAAACACCCUGUAUGUAUUUGUAUGAGAGAGAAUAUAAAGAUACGAAAGGCAAAGAGAAAGAUAGAGAGAACCAGGUACAGUAGAAAAAAAAAAUUGAGUACUGAUAGAAAAGCAGAACCAAGUACAGUGGAUAGAAUUAUUUUGUUUAUUUUUUUAUUCAUUCACGAUUUUCUUUCUGGUCUUGGAAAUUCGACAUUUCUGCUAGAAGGAUAUUGGAAAUGAUUUUUUUUUGUUACACAAUGGAAUGAUUUCAAAAUUUUAUUUUUAAUAAAAAAUUAAUAAAAACAGGCAGUUUAUUGGUAAAAUAAGUUUUUUUUUAAAUUUUUUAUGUGAAAAAUGUGGUUAAUACCAGAGUUACUUUUUUAUUAAUUGUCCUUUAAUUAAAAAAUGAGUAACUUUGCUGUCAAUACUGCCUCAAAAGUUUUAGUUUUAUUUAUGAAUCUUCUGUUUUAUUUCUUGCAGAAGUUUCUUAAAUAAUUUUGCACUGGAGCUGCUUGUAACUUUACUGUGGAACAAGCCAAAUAUUUUACUGUUCUUGGUUCUGUUUUUUAUCUAGGUACAUCGAAACAAAAUAAAAACUCUACGUUUUCUACUUGACUUUUGUGGCCGAAAUGAGCUUCUAUGUGAAACAACUCGGUCGAACAAUAACCGGCCGCGAUUCCGGCUCCAACAAACAAACUGCGAGCAAAAGUUGCGCCCUUUCUAUCGUCCGCCAACUCUUCCAUCUCGGUGUGAUCGAAGCCUUUUCCGGAACGUUGAAAAAGGAGAAGAGUGGCAGCGAAAUGAAACCUUUCGAUGUACAAAUCUCUCCCGAUUUACAAAAACAAAUCAAAGAUUGCCUCAACACUUUGAAUAUCAGUCCGGUAGAAGUCAAAUUGGAGGCCGCAAGUCAACCGGUGUCGCUUGUAAGCAACCACAUUUUGGACGACUUUCAAGCGUCUAAACCGGUGGCGGCGGGGGUGGUGCCGUGGUCGCCCCCACAACAGAAUUGGAACCCUUGGACUGGGUGCAAUAUCGACGAGGGGCCCUUAGCCAACGCCAAUUUGGACCAGUUGAGCGAGCAUUUCGCCGAGGAGUGCAAACAAAAGUUGAAUCAUGAUGCAGAUUUGAAAGCUAGCGUGGGAGAAAGGCAAGAGUUGCCGGUUUUUGCCAUGAAGGCGAAGAUUAUGGAGGCGAUUAAUGAUAAUCCAGUUAUUAUAAUUAAGGGGAAUACCGGGUGCGGUAAGACUACGCAGGUGUGUCAGUAUAUACUCGAGGAUUAUAUCAUGUCGGGUCAGGGUGCGUGGUGUAAUAUUUGUAUAACACAGCCUCGAAGAAUUUCGGCCGUUUCCGUCUCCGAGCGUGUAGCCAAUGAGCGUUGUGAACCGUUAGGACAGUCGGUGGGAUAUUCGGUUCGGUUCGAAUCGGUUCUUCCUCGACCUUACGGCUCGAUCAUGUUCUGUACGGUUGGGGUGCUUUUGAAGAAAUUGGAAAAUGGGCUUAGAGGAGUUAGUCAUGUGAUCGUUGAUGAGAUACACGAAAGGGACGUCAACAGUGACUUCAUUAUGGUGGUUUUAAGAGACAUGAUCCACACUUAUCCGGAUUUGCGCGUAAUCCUGAUGUCGGCAACCAUCGACACGAGUUUAUUUUCAAAAUAUUUCAACAAUUGUCCGGUGGUGGAGAUUACUGGGCGGACUUAUCCGGUCCAGCAGUAUUUCCUGGAGGAUUGCAUUGAACUCACUGGAUUCGUGCCUCCCACUGAAACCCGGAAACGUAAAGCCGGAGGUGGCGAUGACGACGAAAGUGCGAUUGGUGAUGAUGGCGACGAAAACAUGAACAAAAUAAUCGAUCCGAAAUUUAGUAAUCAAACUAAAAACGCGAUGGCUCGAAUGAGCGAACGGGAAGUUAGUUUUGAACUGAUGGAAGCCCUGCUAAAGUACAUUAAGUCACAGGAAAUUCCCGGAGCAGUUUUAGUUUUUCUUCCGGGUUGGAAUUUGAUAUUUGCGAUGAUGCGUCACUUGCAACAACAUCCGCUGUUUGGCGGGGCUGCGUACAAAGUUCUGCCUCUGCAUUCGCAGAUUCCGCGAGAGGAUCAAAGGAGGGUGUUUGAGCCGGUGCCUUCGCAUGUCACUAAGGUUAUCCUAGCGACGAAUAUCGCUGAGACUUCGAUCACGAUCAAUGAUGUGGUCUUUGUGAUUGAUAGUUGCAAGGCGAAGAUCAAAUUGUUCACAUCGCAUAAUAACAUGACGAGUUAUGCGACCGUUUGGGCCUCCAAGACGAAUUUGGAGCAGAGGAAGGGGCGCGCGGGGAGAGUGAGACCUGGUUUUUGCUUCCAUCUGUGCUCGAAGGCGCGAUUCGACAAAUUAGACGAACAUAUGACACCGGAAAUGUUCCGGACGCCAUUACACGAGUUGGCUUUGAGUAUAAAAUUGUUGAAAUUGGGGUCUAUUGGGCAUUUCCUUAGCAAAGCUAUUGAACCACCUCCACUUGAUGCUGUGAUCGAAGCUGAAGUUUUAUUGCGAGAAAUGAAAUGUUUGGACACCAAUGAUGAGCUUACUCCUCUCGGCCGCAUCAUUGCCAAACUUCCGAUCGAACCACGAUUGGGAAAAAUGAUGGUUUUGGGUUGCAUUUUCAUGUGUGGGGGCCCUUUGGCAACAAUGGCCGCCAAUUCGUCAACAUUCCCCGAAAUUUUCACCCUCGACAUGGGCCAGAGACGUCUGAGUCACCACCAAAAGGCCCUGGCCGGCGACAGGUGCUCCGACCACGUUGCCAUGUUGACGGCUUUCGAGUUGUGGGACCAAGCUCGCGCUGGGGGCGAAGAAGCCGAACAAAGAUUCUGCGAGUACAAAGGCAUAAGUAUGGCGACUAUGCGUGUCACGUGGGAGGCUAAACACCAAUUGCAACAAAUCCUCAAUUCUGUGGGUUUCCCAGAAGAGACUUUGGCCCCGAUUCCCAUGGAGACGAUCGGACCUGAUCCGAAAUUGGACGUUGUGAUGGCAUUGAUGUGUUACGGUCUUUAUCCCAACGUUUGUUAUCACAAAGAGAAACGAAAAGUUUUGACAACUGAGAGCAAAGCAGCUUUGAUACAUAAAACUUCAGUCAAUUGUAGUAACUUUGAACAGACAUUCCCGUACCCAUUCUUCGUUUUUGGGGAGAAAAUACGAACGAGGGCUGUGUCGUGCAAACAAAUGAGUAUGGUGACGCCGAUUCAUUUGUUAUUGUUUGGGUCCCGAAAGAUUGAUUGGGUUGAUGGUGUUGUACGACUCGACAAUUGGAUAAAUCUAAAUAUGGAUCCACAAGUGGCGGCCCAUAUCGUCGCUUUGAGGCCCGCUCUGGAAAGUUUGGUUGUCCGAGCGUCACAAGAGCCGGAACAAAUUCUCGAAAUGUCUCCAGGAGACCUCAAAUUCGUGGCCACUAUUAAAGAAUUGUGCAAAUUGCAUGCUGGGAGUUACCAAAUCGAGAGGGCUAAACCUCAACUGCAACAAUCGAGACGUCCUCCACGAGGGCAUUCUUUAGGUUUUCAAGGACCUCCACCUAAAUUUUUCAGAGGGGGGUCUAGAGGAGGCUUCGGCGAUAAUAGAGGAGGCUUCCGUGGGGGUUUUGAUGGGAGUCCAGGCCGUGGGUUUGGGCCGAAUCGAGGGUUUGGCGGAAGAGGGGGCUUUAGAGGUAGAGGCGGAUUUCCAGGCCGUGGUUUUAGAGGCGGGUUCAAUAAUGGAUACAAUAAUUACUAAGUGUAUUGUUAGGAAUAAGUGUCUAGAAUUAUUUAUGUAUUUUGAAAAUAAAUUAUAAAUCAAAAA